ACUUCCUGCCAAACGUCAAGUUUUGUCACAGCAGUAAUGUUUUGCUAAACUUUUGUUGAUAUUACUUUAUUUCAGUUAGAGUUUACUGGUAUUUACUUUACACUUUUAUCAAUGGGAUUGUGAUCUUAAUUUACGGUUAUUACGUGACUGUGCUUAAGUAAACAUUCCAAAAGAAACUCACCAUUCCAAUUACAUUCCAUUCAAAAUAAGUUCUAAAAAUUGUCAUGAUGCCGACUCAGUUGGUGAACCAGGACAAUCACGCAAAUGACAUCCGCGUCAAAACAGUGUACAGCGGAGAUGUGAUGAUUACGUACAUCAAUCAUAACAUAUCGCUGGAGGAGUUUACGCAGGAGAUGGUGGCUAUAUGCCGGUUCCUGCCGGAUCAGGUGUUUACCAUGAAGUGGGUGGACGAAGAAGGUGACCCGUGCACGAUAUCCACACAGCUGGAGCUGGACGAGGCCCUGCGGCUGUAUGAGCUGAAUCGGGACUCCGAGCUGACUGUUCACGUUCCAAAGUUCCCGCCCUGA